GAAGAACAAACCACAUCCCAGAGGUCUGGAUCUGCACAGACACAGUUCUACCAGACCGCUGUGGACCAGGCCUUACAGAGUCCAAAUGGACACCUGGACCUGUUCCUGCGCUUCCUCCUGGGUCUGUCACUGCCGACCAAUCACAGACUCCUACAAGAUCUGAUGAAACAGACAGGAAGUAGCUCAGAGACCAAUCAGGAGACAGCUGAGUACAUCAAGGAGAAGAUCAAUGAUAAACUGUCUGUAGAGAAAAGCAUCAACCUGUUCCACUGUCUGAAUGAACUGGAGGAUGGAUCUCUGGUGGAUCAGAUCCAACGGUACCUGAGAUCAGGACGUCUCUUCAGAUCUGAUCUGUCUCCUGCUCAGUGGUCAGCUCUGGUCUUCAUCUUACUGUCAUCAGAUAAAGAUUUGGAUGAGUUUGACCUGAACAAAUACGAUGAUUCAGAGGAGGCUCUUCUGACUUUACUGCCAGUCGUCAAAGCCUCCAACAAAGCUGUAUUAAGUGUCUGUAACCUGUCAGACAGAAGCUGUGAAAGUCUGUCCUCAGUUCUCAGAUCCCAGUCUUCUAGUCUGACUCAUCUGGACCUCAGCAACAACGACUUGAAGGAUUCAGGACUGAAGAUCCUAUCAAAUGGACUAAGGAGUCCAGACUGUAAACUGGAGACUCUCAGACUGUCAGGAUGUCUGAUCACAGAGGAAGGAUGUUCUUCUCUGGUCUCAGCCCUAAAAUAUGUUCAGGUGAAGGUAGGACUCCUCACACCACUGGACAAAGUCAUCAAUGACAGGGCCGUGACUGGUCUCCCCCUGUUUGAGUAG